AUGUACACAGUCGAGGUACGCACAAGGAACAAACCUGCUGAAGGCACUGAAAACGGCGGCGGCAGUUUGGGCAAUCCAGCAAUCCUAGACGUCGAAACCUGGCCGGGCGGUAAGCAUUCUCUUCCUUCAGAACUGUUCAUUUAGUGACUGGAGUCGUCAGCAGUUAGGUCAUUUGGAGACUAGGAAGUUUCCCUAUCAUCUGUUAUAAGAAACGCGACUUUGUCGCGAACAAGAAACAUUACAGCUAGCGCUCAACGCAUCCGCGUAUGCUUUCCAACAUUCAGCAUUCCUUGUUUUCAUCAUGCUCACUCUUGUUCCAUUCUGAGGAACUGACGACUAGAACGCAGGAUCCGUCGGGAGGAUCCGCGUCUCUGAAGCUAGCGCAUUAGGAGAUAGGUCAGUGUACAGGUCACUGCACUUGUGCCUGCCUUUCACACAUGUUGCUGUGAGGAAUAGCCCCAUCACGACUUUUACGACGUCAGUACGCCUACAUGGCCAUUGCGAUUGCAGGCUUGCAGCAAUAAGCUUCCAUAUAUGCAUACUCUUCGGGUAGUAGGAAAUUUGUCGCAGAAACAGAAUCCCCUCGCACUAAUUGCAAAAGUGGACUUUCAUUCCACUAGUUACCUUUACAUCUGAGAAAUAGUACCAUGAUCACAUUUUCGGCGCUACGACUUAGUGGACUGGCUAUCACGCGUAUCAGGAUUGUAGUCAUGACCCCUAGAACAAUGUUUAAUCUAAAUUCGUCAGUAUCUUUGAGUUUUUAACAUUCUGAGAAUAGUCACUGGAGCAGAAAAAUCUCGCGCUGACUUAGGAAAUUUGGUUUUCGUUGGAAUAAACGCACCUGUAGCGUAGAAUAGGAAGGCAUAAUGCUCUUUCCUCACCCGAUCAAAGCUGAAACAUUGCAGUCCAAGAAACCAUGCUGUUAUUGAAUUCAGAAGAAUAUUUGGCGAGCACACAUUUGCUUUCGAUAAAUUCUCGUCAGACCGGUACGUGUAUAUUGAGACGGGGUGAAGUACAACAUGUCAGUAGUUAUUAAAAUCGAUUAAAGUUCGUCUUUUCACACAAGUGCGCGUGAGACUAAUGGGAGAGGGUGGUAAGAUGCAGUGGGUGUCAGGAAGAGUCGUGUCAAGGUGGGAGAAGAGGAUGAGAGGGCAUGGGGAUCGCAUCUAGUUAAUCAACCCAUGGCCACGGUAAACGCGGCGCCUGCACAAGGUUCUUCUGUGCUCAAGAGGCCGGCUUGCAUAAUCUGAUAGCAGCCGCUGCAGUUGUUGCCAGCAGCGGCUUGGGGUAGUUCGGCAAGAUCUUAUCCAUCACAAGGAAAGUUUUGUUAGGAUUCACACGACGCCCGGCGUCAACAGUGUGCGCAAAAUUGCGCCUCUUUCAGGCACGCUGAGAGAUCCGCAUGCAGAAUUCGUAGUGUGUUCCAGUGCGAAAAAAUUGGAUCAAAUUAAGGCAGGGAAGCCACAUUAAUUGGAUUAUAUGCAAUGCCCAAUUUUCUCACAUUUAUUCCCCACUUUAGGCUUCUUCGAACCAAUUAACGAGAAAGGGGAAGUUCUGCCACCUUCAGCGAUAAAGGAGCGCAGGUCGCCACCGCAAGGCCUAACUGGCUCCCUUAAGGAGUACCAUGAUCUACUCAAGAAAGGUGAUGUCCUCGUUCGCUCUGAGUCGGCACCAGGAACCACAAUGAGUCUCGCCUUGACAGAGAUGGAGACCGACGUAAAGUACAAAAUCUACAUGCAGGCCAAGAUUGCCCCCAACAGCCAGGGGAAGGGCGGUCGCUUGGGUCCAGAAGUUUUCAUCAUUGAAACCGCCUUGACUGAAUCAGGUAUGGUGUCUCUUGCAUGUAAACAUACUCCUAAUGCCCUGUAGGAUUAUCUGGCAGAACCAUGAGCAGAAUGUCAUUGCCGACAAAGACAAGGGAAACUGGAAUGGCCAUUUCUGGCUAA